ACUUGGCCUCAAAGAUCAUUUCUCAACACUUCCUCACCGCAGGAGCCUCCAAAGCCCUCACCAGGCCAGUUCUCCUCCUGCAACAGCUCCCCACAGCAUGAAGGUCUCCGUGGCUGGCAUUACCUUCUUCUUCCUCAUCACCAUCGCCCUAGGUGAUGGUGAAUUCAAGACGGACUUCUCCUCAGGGGGACCUUCCCAACCCUCGGAGUGCUGUUUCACCUACGCUACUCACAGGAUCCCCCGUCCGCGGAUUGUGGCUUAUUAUGGGACCAACAGCCAGUGCUCCAAGCCUGGAAUUGUCUUCAUCACCAAAAGGGGCAAAUCCAUCUGCACCAACCCCAAUGACAAGUGGGUCCAGGACUAUAUCAAGGGCAUGGAGGAGAACUGAGUGACCCAGAGUGGGUGGUGAAGGCACAGCUCAGAGAAGGCACAGCUAAAGAGAAGAUGCCAAGGCCCCCCCUCCUCCACCCAUCCCUAACUCUCAGUCCCAGCAACCCUCUGGGAGCUUCCCUGCCUUGAAUUAAAGACCACUCAUGCCCUUC